AUGUGUAGAAGAUUUAAAAAUGGAAUCAAUGAGGAUAUUAAGACAUUAGUAGGUAUUCUUGAGUUGAAAGAAUUUAUGGUACUUGUUGAAAGGGCUUGUAAAGCCGGAGAAUUUGUUAAGGAAAAGAAAAAGGUCGAGUCUAAGGCAAGAGAUACAAUAAAGAGAUCUCAGCCUACAUUUGUGGCAAGUGUGGGUAACGCUAAACCUUUCAAGGCUGAUUGCCAGCAAUGUGGUAGACGUCAUUCUGGCAACUAUAGGGUGAGUGAAAGAUCUUGUUUUAGAUGUGGUUCUCUAGACCACUUUAUUAAGGAUUGUCCCGAGAUGAUGGAAAAGGAAAGAUUUCAGAGUCCAAGACCGAGUGGCACAGCUUCUAGGGGAAAACCCUCGAGAAAUGCCGGGAACGGGUUUAGCAGUAAAAAUGUGACACGAGAUACAACAGUGAGGUCCGAAGCUAGGGCUCUGGCUAGAGCCUAUGCCAUAUGUGCAUGCGAAGAUGCAGCUUCUCCUGAUGUGAUCACUGAUCCUGAUAGAGCUGUAGCUGACGAUGUUGAAAGUAAUGCGCCUGUUCCUGUGCAAGGGACGAUGCAACAAAUUCUAGACCGGCUAUGA